AUGGCAUCUCCUAGACGCUCAUCGCCACCACCGCCGCCCACUCCGCCGUCCGCUUCGGCGGCGCCGGGCAUGUCCAGCCACGUGCCCCCCUCCUUCGGCCAGCCGGGCAUCCGGAUCAGCUACCGCCCCAAGCAGCUCCUCCUGGGCUCGACCGCCGCCGCCGCCGCCGCCGCCGCAGCCGCAUCCCAACCGCCGUCGCACCUCUGCCCCACGCUCACUGUCAGCGUGCCCCCCGCCUCGAUCCACCACAUCUUCAACCACCGCCAGUGGCGCGCGGGCAUGCUCAUGUCUGACGCUCUCGUCUCGGGCGCCUUUGACAUUGCCGGCAAGACCGUCCUCGAGCUCGGCGCGGGGACCGGCCUCCCCUCGAUCACGGCGGCGCUCCUCGGCACGCCCAAGCUCGUCGUCGCCUCCGACUACGAUGAGCCUGCCAUCGUCAGCGAGCUCAAGCGCAACGUCCGCGCAAACUCGCCCCAGCAGCCCCACAAUGGCUCCGCCAUCAAGGUGUGCGGCCACAUCUGGGGCAAAAACGUAGACGAGCUCCUCGACUGCCUGCCCACUCCGAGGCCGGCCCUCGGCGGCGGCGCGGCAGGUCUUGUCGGAUCCGGCCUGGCAGCCCCCAGGUUCGACGCCAUCCUCAUGGCCGACUGCCUGUGGGACCCGCUCUCGCACGCCGACCUCCUCAAGACGCUCACCUCGACCCUGGCGAGGACCGCAGAUGCCCGCGUCCACGUCAUCGCCGGCCUGCACACGGGCAGGGAAAAGAUCACUGGCUUCCUUCGGCGUGCGCACCGAGCGGGCCUCGGACUGGCACCCAUCGCACCGCCCUCGUCCCAACCCCUCUGGCCGUCGCUCGCGGCAUCGACUCCCGUUCCGAACGGUACCAAGGUCGAAGAUGAUGCCCUCGUCCACUCUGCAGAGAGGAUCCUGGAGCUCGAAGUGAGUGGCAACAAACCCGUCGCUUCCACCGAGGAGGAUGCGAGCGCAUCGGCCGACGUAGAGGUCGAGGAGCAUGCAGACGAGCCCCGGCUCACGGGCAACCGGCGGCUGUUCCUGGUCGACGGCUACGGCCCAGAGACCGAGGGCGACGUAAAGAUGAGGAACAAGUGGCUCACCGUGUGGAGUCUUCGAGUGUUCCGCUCGCCAUCGUGCAUCACGGCUUCCCGCUCUGGCGCAUCGCUGGCCCUCUUGAUCGCGCCGUUCGCAGACUCUGACGAGCCGCCACCUUGCUACCUUUUGCCGUCUCCACCUCAGCAGCGGUCGGCUUCGGGAUCUGAACCGGCCAUGCCGGCGACCAUGUCGACGCUGCUCCUGAUGACUGGGCUAGCGGGCCGUCGCUUUGGUGGCAGCCACGCCAGGAUGCUGACCGGCUGGGCGAGGCGCUGCGUCUCGACUGGCAGCCGAGCCCGCUCGGCCUUGCCCGCGGCCACUGUCAAUGCGCUUCGGCAUGCUGGCAGCCGGCAUCCGACUCUGAGCCAGGUCGCACGGCAGCCUCGGCCGCACACUCUGGCGCGCUUCAACAGCACCUCGUCGCCGCAAAGCCCAAAGACGCCCGCAAAUGCCAAGGUUGAAGAUCCGAGCAAUGCUCUGGCGCACUACCAGGGACCCUUGGCCGGCACCUUUACGCGGUUGAAGCUGUUUUCGCUGGGAUCGCUGGCGCUGGCGGGCACGCUGACGCCCAUCCUGCUCCUGGCGCCGGGCGAGGUGUCGAUGGCGGGGCGAAUCGGCCUGUGCCUGACGGCGCUGUCGACGUCUGGGGUCUCUACGGCGCUGAUCGCCUGGAUCGGCCAGCCGUACGCUGGACGGAUGCAGCUGCUGGCGGGUGACAAGGGGGCCAGCCCCAGGAUCCGGAUCGAGACGGUGAGCUGGACGCUGCGGCCGCAGGUGACGACGGUUUUCGAGCCUGGCUUCCUGCGCGCCACGUCGCGGCCGUUUGCGACGUGGGAGAUUACCAACUCGCCACCACCGCUGGCCCUCGAGGGCUCGGAUGCAGAUGCGGGGAGCGAGGCGGCGGCGGCGGCGGCGGCGGCGGCGGUGACAAAGGUCGUCUCGGAGACGGUGGAUGUCAAGACGGGCAAGGUUGUGGGUCGGUGGGUGGUCAAGUACGAUGCGUCGACGCGGACAAAGGCCGGCGAUGGGUGGAAGAUGGAGGGGCGGUGCGAGGUCGAGGGCAAGCCGUCGCGCUACUUUAACGUGCACGAGGAGCUCCUCGACGACGAGUGGCGAGUGCUGGGAUGA